CCACUGGAAUUUGUUUGGCGGGAAAGUCAGAGGCAAUUGGAAAUGUCAUCGCUUUUGUGCUUAGUGAAAAUUUCGCCAUAGACUGAGUUAAAAAAUUUAGACAAAAGUCGUUUAAAAGUUGAAGAAACCAAAUAAAUAUUAUUUCAUCUCUAUAAUUUUAAAGGCGGAUAAAACGAAUAAUUAAAAUACGUAAAUUUUGAAGCAAUUUUCUGCCUCUGUCGUCUGCGAACGCCAUGGCAAAAGUACAUAUUACAAACGUGGUCGUAUUGGACAAUCCCAGCAGUUUUUUCAAUCCUUUUCAAUUUGAGUUAACUUUCGAGUGUAUUGAGGAGUUGAAAGAGGAUUUGGAAUGGAAAAUGAUAUAUGUUGGCUCUGCCGAGUCGGAGGAGUAUGAUCAAGUGUUGGACACAAUAUACGUAGGACCCGUGCCGGAAGGCCGUCACAUAUUUGUCUUUCAAGCAGAUCCACCCGAUGUGACGAAAAUUCCCGAACAAGAUGCUGUUGGCGUGACAAUAGUGCUGCUUACUUGCUCAUAUCGUGGUCAGGAGUUUGUACGCGUUGGUUACUUCAUCAACAAUGACUAUGCUGAUCCCGAAAUGCGUGAAAACCCGCCACCUAAACCUUUGUUUGACAAACUUACACGUAAUAUAUUAGCAACAAAGCCGCGUAUAACCCGCUUCAAAAUAAACUGGGAUGACACACCUUCGAAUGGACUGUUAAAUGGCAAUGGCCAAUUAAAUGCGCAUGCGAUGUCUGAUAUGGAUGAUGGUGCUUCAACAUCGGCAAAAGCGGCGGCAAUAGGUGCGAAUGGUAAUGGGUUCAAUGGCGGAGGGUGCGAAUCAAUGGAUACACCAGAGGCAGCUUGCGAUGAAAAUAGCUUAAAUAUGCCAAUUGAAAAUGGUGUUAAUGCACUUAAUGAAAAUUCAAACUCGCUUGCCAUGGAAUGCUAGGAUAGUUUUUAGUUCACCUACAUACGAUUCUGCACAUACCGUUCUGUAUACAAGUAUUUUUGUACCUAACAACUCUCCUACUGCUCGCCAUAAUUACUAACGGCAGCGUUUGCGUCGGCUUGAAAAUAUCUCAUUAUUUUUUCAUAUCGUCGCUAAUUCGGCUUUGUCCGAUUUACAUAUGUAUAUCUAUGUUAUGUUUAUCAUUUGGUAUUUUUUGUAAUAGUUUUAAACUUUAUUAAAAAUGUUUAGUAAUCGAAUAAGCUACUUUAAUGAAUAUUAAUUUAUAAAUAUAGAAAACAUUAAUUUUAA